UUCAGAAGAGAAAAAAAAAGCUAGAGAAAAUUGCAUUCCGGGUUUUGUCUACGUGUUUUUCGUUGCCUGGUCCCCCUUCGGAAAAGGAGGAGCAGAUUUUUCCGUGAAAUUCCGUCGCGAAUCGGUGUGACCACACGCGGGGAGUGCUUCUCAGUUAGUGCUACCAGUUGCCCUUUUUGGGAUUUUGUUUUCCACCGGAGAAAGAGUCAUGUUUUAGAGGCUGUAAAUCUGGGUUGAAGAAAAAGUGUUUUUUUUUAUUUCACGGGGAAAACAUGAAGUCAUCGCUGGUUUCGCUGCUGGUGCUGGCCCUGGUGGCCACGGCCAAGGCCGACGAGCACACCCACACGUACGAGGACCAUGAAGAGGUGGUGCUGUGGAUGAACACGGUCGGGCCGUACCACAACCGGCAGGAGACGUACGCGUACUUUUCGCUGCCGUUUUGCGUCGGAACCAAGCAGAGCAUCAGCCACUACCACGAAACGAUGAGCGAGGCCCUGCAGGGUGUGGAGCUGGAGUUUAGCGGAUACGAGAUCGAUUUCAAGGACGACAUCGCCCCGACCGAGAUCUGCAUGGUGGAGCUGACGGACAAGAAGCACAAGGCGUUUGUGUACGCGGUGAUGAACCAGUACUGGUACCAGAUGUACAUCGACGAUCUGCCCAUCUGGGGCGUGGUGGGCAAGGAGGAGGACAAGAAGUACUACAUCUACACGCACAAAAAGUUCGACAUCAGCUACAAUGGGAAGCAGAUCGUGGACGUGUCGCUGACGCCGGAGAAGAAGGAACUGCUGAAGGUCGGGGCGAAGAUCAAGUUCACGUACGAGGUCAACUGGAAGCCGAGCAACGUGAAGUUUGAGGAUCGCUUCGACAAGUAUCUGGAUCCGAACUUUUUCCAGCACCGUAUCCACUGGUUCAGCAUCUUUAACAGCUUUAUGAUGGUGAUCUUUUUGGUGGGGUUGGUGUCGAUGAUUUUGAUGCGGACGCUGCGGAAGGAUUACGCGAGGUACAGCAAGGACGAGGAGGCGGAUGAUAUGGAGCGUGAUUUGGGCGAUGAAUACGGCUGGAAGCAGAUUCACGGAGACGUUUUCCGACCAGCCUCGAAUGCAAUGAUGUUCUCGGCGCUUAUUGGUGCCGGUUACCAGUUGACCUCGGUGGUUCUUUGCGUCAUUUCCUUUGCAAUUCUUGGAGAACUUUACACAGAACGAGGAUCGCUUCUCUCGACGUCGAUCUUCGUGUACGCGGCCACUUCCCCCAUCAACGGGUACUUUGGAGGAUCGCUGUACGCGCGGAUGGGCGGCAAGCAGUGGAUCAAGCAGAUGCUGCUGUCCGCGUUCAUCGUGCCGGCGCUCGUCUGUGGAACGGCCUUCUUUAUCAACUUUAUCGCGAUCUACUAUCACGCCUCGAGGGCGAUCCCCUUCGGAACUAUGGUGGCCGUAACGUGCAUCUGCAUCUUCGUGAUCCUGCCGCUAACGCUGAUCGGAACGAUCGUGGGACGCAACCUGGACGGCCAGCCCGACUUCCCGUGCCGAGUGAACGCCGUUCCGCGGCCCAUUCCCGAGAAGAAAUGGUUCAUGGAGCCGGCGGUGAUCAUCCUGCUCGGCGGCGUCCUCCCGUUCGGAUCGAUCUUCAUUGAAAUGUACUUCAUCUUCACCUCGUUCUGGGCGUACAAGAUCUACUACGUGUACGGGUUUAUGCUGCUCGUGUUUCUGAUUCUGAUCAUCGUGACCGUGUGCGUGACGAUCGUGUGCACGUACUUCCUGCUCAACGCGGAGGACUACCGAUGGCAGUGGACGAGCUUCAUGUCGGCGGCGUCGACGGCGAUCUACAUCUACAUCUACUCGUUCUACUACUUCUUCUUCAAGACAAAAAUGUACGGCCUGUUCCAGACGUCGUUCUACUUUGGCUACAUGGCGCUCUUUUCGGGCGCGCUGGGCAUCAUCUGCGGCACGGUCGGCUACAUCGGGACGAACGUUUUCGUGCGGAAGAUUUAUUCCAACGUGAAGAUUGACUAAUUUGCGUGCGUGUGUGUUAACUACCCCGUAACUGCGCAUAUAUUAUAUUAUAAUUAUGAUUAAUAUUAGUAGAUGUAUGUGUAACGACGACGACUACGACGACGAUGACGGUGGUGAGUUUGGUUCCCGUGUGCACCCUCAGCGCUGGACGAAAAUGUACGGUACUUUCCAAUAGCCCAAACAAUCGCGUAAGAGAAAUAAGUCAGGCAAACGCAAACGCUCUAGCAAUGAUGAUACAUUUCUGUGUUUUUAAACCUUAAGUUAUUGAAGCGCCAGGACGAAGAAGAAGGAGAAAGAAGUUUAUUUUUGCCUCUUUAGGAAUUAGUUACGACGGUCGUUUCCCGUUUGUUUCUUUGUUUUCGUUUGCUCGCGUCUGUGAAAAUAUAAGACUUGUGAAAUCCUAGCAGAAUGAAACUUCUGAGCGAGAAAACACACAAACACAAAACUAGCGAUAGAGGUACUAACAUUUGUAACCGUUGAGAGUCAGUUGUGAGCAAAGCCAGAAUCCUAAUCCUAACGAGUGUAAUAAUAACUGACUAACGACGAAAUCUGGACGGAGGGGAUUACAAACAACACAUCAGAGAAGGAGGAAGAAAAAAAAGUGCAUAUAAAUAGUUAAAUAAUGGCAUUCUCAUUAGGCUUCUUCUGUACGUGAGCUACCAAAUGGCAGUUUUAUUUGAUGAAUAGUGAAUAAAUAAACACAAACACAACCACACACACAAAAAA